GUGAUUACAAAGGGAAAACGAAUCCUGUCGCAACACGGAUAUUCUUGGCCGUAUGCCGCAGCACUGCCAAAGGAGGCAUGCCUACGCGACUGCAAGCGGUAAACUUGCGCCGCUUCGGUCCUCAAGUUGAAUGGCUGCUGUACCGGAUUCAAGCAGCAGCAGGUGACUCCGCUGGCCCCCACCCCUCCACAUCGCCCCUAGCAGCCCCCUCCUCCUCCUCCUCCUCCUCCAACAGGGCCCCCUCUUGCCUCCACCAUGUUGCCGACACAGCUUGCAAAGCCGCUAGCACGGCCACUACAGGCCGCACUACAGAACAGCGCCGGGGGGCCGCUGUGCCGCUGCCGGCGGGUCGGACAUGUGUUGGGAGCCCCGCCCAGGGCGCCGUCCAGUCGGACCCGUAUCCGCUGCUGUGCCGCCCUGCGUGCCCGGACACACGCAGGGAACAGCAACAGCAGCAGCGGCACCAGCAGCAGCAGGUGCACUAUUACUACUACCAGCAGCGGUACCAGCACCAGCAGCAGCAGCGCAGCCCCAAUCAGCAGCGGCUGCUGUGGUACUCUCACCACCACCACUACCACCCGCAUGGACACCGAGGUGCUGCAGCAGGAGGCGGAGGAGGCGUAAGAGGUGCUGCUGGGACGGCGACAGGCGGUGUAAUAUUCGUAGGUAGCACGGUGAUUACCGGUAUAGAAGCGAGACGUAGCAGCAGCAGCAGCAGCUCGGGUUGCAGCCAUGAUAAUGGUGGCAACGGUGGAAGCAGCAACGGCAGUAGCAGCAGCAGCGGUAGUGCUGCUGCUGCUGGCGCCCAGUCACCUCCUCCACCUCCUCCUCCUCAGCAAGAGCAGCAGCAGCAGCAGCCCCCCUUGCUGCCUCUGCGUGCGGCUCUGCGGCUGCUCUACAAGCGAGUGCACCCCGACCUCUUCCACCACAUACCCCAGGCCAAGUCCGAGAACGAGCGCUCCUUCAAGUUGCUGCAGGAGUACGUGGCACUGGCGCGGGGAGGUGACCCACGGGUCCCUGCCGCCCGCCUGCCGUACAGGUUCGCCUUCUACAUGCGGGAGACACCGGGGGAGCGCGUGGAGGCGGAGGAGCCCCCAGCCCAGCCCGCCACGCCCCCCCUGCGGCCACCCUUGCGCCCGAGCAGCCCCGCACGUCCUGGCCCGGCCUCAGCCCCAGCCCCAGCCCCAGCCUCAGCCCCAGCCCCAGCCCCAGCCCCAGCCCCAGCCCCAGCCCCAGCCCCAGCCCCAGCCCCAGCCCCAGCCCCAGCCUCACCCGCCGCUACCGCUUCUCCCACUGGCAUCAACGGUGGUGGUGGUGCGGGUGCUGAGGCGCAUGACUGUGCUGCUGGUCCCGCCGGCACCCAUGCGGGGUCGCUGCACCGAGUGGAGGUCACACUGCCGCCGCCGGAGAUCAGCGCUCCGGGCUCCUCCUUCCUGCCCGCAGGCACUCGCAAGGCGCUGUCCAAGCUGCUCGCCGCAUGCGGCAUUCGCACCUCGGGCCAGGAGGAGGGCGAGGGGGGGACGGCGGGAGGGCAGGGGCAGGGGCAGGGCGAGGCGGGGGGGCCGCUGAGCCUGGCUGCCUUCCUGCCGGAUGCGGUGGAGGCCCUGCGGCAGGCAGAGGCGGCCCGCCCCUCGGACCCCGCCAUUCGGGUUGCCAACCUGCGCGGGGCGCUGAGGAUGCAUCGACAGCUGAUGGUGAGCUUCUCCCCCCCGCAGCCGCCCCCCGCAGCCCAGGUGGCCUGCCUGGAGCGGCUGGCGGCGCUGCUGGGCGAGGGCGGGGAGCUGCGGGGGCUGGUGCUGGCGGGGUGCCAUGUGGUGGUGGGGGACAGGCUGGGUUUGGACAGGCUGGGUCAGCUGUGCCUGCCCGCCUCCGAGCCCGACUCCGUGUGGGCGGACUUCCUGGGCGGGGUGGACGUGGAGUUUGCACUGCAGCAGCGGGGGAACGUGCAGGCACUACGCAACCUGGAGUCGCGGGUGGCGGCGGCGGCGGGGUUGGCGCAGAUCUUCACACCGUACGGCAACCUGCUGGAUCCAUCGUACAGAUCCUUCUUGGAGCGGCUGGCGGCGGCGGCGGCCGACAGGGGCCCUAUGGUGGGGGGUGCCGUACGGGAGCUCUCCAUGUGCGUGUCUCCGUGCUCGGAUGCUGCUGAUGCUACAGCUGCAGCAGGCGGCAGCAGCAAGGCCGACAGCAACAGCAGCGGCGGUGGCACUUGCAGGACUGGGGGGCCAGGCGCGGUGGCGGAGCCGGUUUGGUUGGACAGCGGCAGUGCGGGCGUGUUGCAGGUACGGAGUGACGUGGCGGUUGGGGAGUUGUACGACAAGGUGGGCGCGCUGAGCGGCGAAGCGCUGGCGGCGCUGCGGGUGCAGCGGCAGGUGGAGAAGCAGCUGCAGGAGCUGACGACCAAGACGCGACAACGGCUGCGGUUGCGCAGCUUGGCUCGUGACCCACGGGUCGCUCCGGAGCACUUUCGUCGCGCUUGCGGGCUGCUGCUUGACCAGGCCGCCGCGCUGAUGCCGCUGCUGGAGGGCUGCACGCUGCGCAUCGGCUUUGUCAACCGACUGGCACCUGACGGCACCUGCAUUGAGAUCGCGCAUAAUUGUCAGCUGUGAAGGGG